UGUCCCGCCCGCUGCGGGAAGAUGGCGCGGGCGGGCGGGCUCGGGGCGCUGCGGCGGGGCUGCGGCGGGACCCCCGGCUGCGGCGGGACCCCCGGCGGAGCGCGGGGGUACUCACGGGACACCGAGGGCAGCUGGUUCCGCUCCCUCUUCGUGCACAAGGUGGAUCCCCGCAAGGACGCACAUUCCAACCUCCUCUCCAAGAAGGAGACCAGCAACCUCUACAAGAUCCAAUUUCACAACGUCAAGCCCGAGUGCCUGGAUGCCUACAACAGCCUGACGGAGGAGGUGCUACCCAAGCUCCACUCGGACCCCGACUACCCCUGUGACCUGGUGGGCAACUGGAACACCUGGUAUGGCGAGCAGGACCAGGCAGUCCACCUCUGGCGCUUCUCGGGCGGGUACCCAGCCCUCAUGGACUGCAUGAACAAGCUCAAGCAGAACAAGGAGUACCUGGACUUCCGCAAGGAGAGGAGCCGGAUGCUGCUGUCCCGCAGGAACCAGCUGCUGCUGGAGUUCAGCUUCUGGAACGAGCCCCUGCCCCGCCAAGGACCAAACAUCUACGAGCUCAGGACCUACAAGCUGAAGCCAGGGACCAUGAUUGAAUGGGGAAACAACUGGGCUCGGGCCAUCAAGUACCGGCAGGAGAACCAGGAGGCUGUGGGUGGGUUCUUCUCCCAGAUUGGGGAGCUCUACGUUGUCCACCACCUCUGGGCCUACAGGGACCUGCAGUCUCGGGAGGAGACCAGGAAUGCAGCCUGGAGGAAGAGGGGUUGGGACGAGAAUGUCUACUACACUGUCCCGCUGAUCCGGACCAUGGAAUCACGGAUCAUGAUUCCACUGAAGAUCUCACCCCUGCAGUGAGCAGGGGUCUGCACCGGGGGGUCUGCCUGCCCAUGGGGGGACCCACGCCCUGCCUGCACCCCUGCCUGCACCCCCACCCUGCUGGGGAGGGGCUGAGAGGGUGUCUCCUUUCCCCCCCCCCAUCUCCCCAACCCCGUUUUGGGGUGCCCUGUGAGGGAUGAGAGCAGGGAGGGGGCUGUGGCCAGGGAGCCCCCCCAUCCUGCGGCAGGUCCCCAGGUGCUGCACGGGGGGGCUGGGUGGGCUGCAGAGGUUGGGGGAGGGGGGGGGUGUCUUUAAUUACCCCCGUGGGUGACUUUCCUGUGGGUGCCUGCCCACCCGUGGGGCAUCACCAAUUAAAUAUUUAAUAUGC